UAAGUUUGUUUAUACUGAUUUUAUAAAUUGAUUGAUUAAAUAAAUGCGAACGUAGACCAAAGUUAUUUUCUCUGUCAUAUUUAACAUAAAUCUAAAUAUUAUGAGGUAUAGGCGGAAAUAUGACUACGAGAUAUAAGGUUUCUGGAAAUAACUUAUUUGGACAAUGGUUUUUAAAUGAGCCGAUAUUGGAAAAGUUUCAAUUAGUGUCAAAAAAUCACGGCUUAGAUUUUAAAUUAAUGCAUAUGUCAUGGUCUCACAAUGUUUUUCAAAGCAAAAAUGCAAUAUAUGUAUCCGGAGCCUGGGAUAACAAUGAAAAUGUUGUGAAAAGACUGGAUCUAUUUUUCGGUGUUGAAUUAAAAGCUACAGACUUAUUGGCCGCGGGUAACGACGACUUUUUUUACGUAGUAGAUGUUAAAAGAUUAACAAUAUGGAUAAUGCACCAUGAGUUUGAUAAAACAUUCACAUUUCAUCCCCUGGAUUUAAAGUUUAGUCUAGGAAAAAUGGAAAAAGAAAACAACGAUAUCGAAAUUGUUAAGAUGAUUGUAUCAAAUAAAUCUGUCUAUUUUUUAACAAAUAAAGGCUGUAUUUUUACUGGAAUACCACCAAUAUAUUUGGAUACAAGGCAUUGUUUAGGAAGAGCUUGUGAUGUCGCUUGUGGGUAUGAGCACUGUAUUCUCCUUACUGAUUUUGGCCAUGUUUAUACAUGGGGAAGUGGAAAGAGGUUUCAACUAGGUCAUGGUGAUAUUGAAGAUAUAGACAAGCCUCAAGAAGUAGAUGCUUUAGCUGGAAUAAAAAUUACAAAGAUUGCUGCGGGAGGUUAUCAUUGUUUAGCACUAAGUGAAUUUGGAGAUGCUUACACUUGGGGUUGGAAUGAUGAAGGUCAACUUGGUAUUUUGGAUAAUGUUGAACAUCCAAGUAUUGAAAAUCCUAUUCAAUAUUCAAUACCAAAAUUAAUUGAUAUCUAUGAUGAAAAUGGUGAAAUUGUAACCAUAGAUAUUGUUGAUAUAGCAUGUGGGUCAAAGCAUUCAGCUUUAAAAUUGGCAGAUAAUACAGUGUGGACGUCUGGUUAUAACAAAUAUGGGCAAUUAGGACUAUCAUCAAAAAUGUUUCCGUCUGUUAAAUAUUUUAGAAAAGUAUAUGAAUCUUGUGUCAAUUUCAAGAUUAUAUGUGGGAUAUGGUGUACAGUUAUCGAAACCACAAGUAAUUAGUUUUAUUAACAUUGAACUUAUAAUUUGAACUUUUCAAAACCCAUCUGGGUAUAGUAGGUUUUGCACUAUGUGUGACAAGUUAGUUGUUCAUGUUUUCCUCAACAAUGCAAUAUUGUAUUCAAAAUUUAAAAACUCUUUUUUCUUGUUUAUAUUAGAAGGUGGCAUAUGAGCAAUUACUCAUGUGAAUUCUCUGGAAUAAUGAAACAACAUCCAUAAUUUCUGAGAGUAUGCAACCUUCAAUCAAUAAAAAAAUAGAUGAAGAUUGAGU